UGAGGUUCCCAAUGUUAAUCCAAGUCUCUGCGAGCAAUGAGUCUGUCCUUCCUCACUGUCUCUGUGAUCUCCAUCCUCUGGCCCUGUCUGUCACUGGGAGCUUUGUUGACUCAGUGGCCGCGGACAGUCACAGCCAGAGAGGGGGAGACAGAGAGUUUGAAUUGUUAUCAGAAUGACACAGACUAUAACAUGAUGCUCUGGUACCUCCAACCCCAUCAAGGAGGCCUAACAUUGAUCGGAUAUGCCUGGGCGUCAAGCCUAAAUUACGAGGCGGGUAUGGAAGCUCACUACACGAUUAUACAGACUGGAAACAAAGAAUCCUCCCUGAAGAUCUCCAACAUGACCGCAGCCCAGGAGGGGGUGUAUUACUGUGCUGCUAAAGAUGGGCACAGCGUCUAUCACUGGGAGCUUUGUUCACAGUGCUGUCACGAGGUGAUCUCGCUGAUAUUGACUGGAUGUGAGGGUCUGUCUGUCUCUCUCUCUGUCCCUGUCUCUGUCUACCUCUCCCCCUCUCUGUCUCUGUCUCUGACUGUCUCUCAGCCAGGAGAUAUACGUCAGACACUGCUCGCUGUGUACAAUCCAGCAUUCUUCGGUAGCGGGUCUAAACUGGCUGUUAUCGGCCCAAAAGACGAAAUACAACCCCCCAAAGUCUUCCUCUACGAUGCAUCCCAUGACGAGCUGAGGACGGAGAACUGGGGAACAUUGGUGUGUCUUGUCUCUGAGUUUUACCCGGACACAGUUGAGAUAGAGUGGAAAAUCGAUGGUGCAUUGGUUAAGAAUGAGGACAGCAGACCAAUUCACACCGAUUUAAAAUCCCUCAAGUCAAAAUCCAGCUCAACGUAUUCUGUGACCAGUCGUCUCCGUCUGUCUGUAAACGACUGGGCUGAUGCCAAACUUAUAACCUGCCGCGUCACCCACUUUGGGGAAGGAACUACUAUAACGAACCAUGAGGCAAAUGUGGAGCCGACUGGAGAACUCUGUGCCUUCAUUACAAAAGAUGAUAUUCAGGAGAGGAUGGUGACUGGGAAAUUAACCUAUCUAAUCUUGCUGUGUAAAAGUAUCCUCUUUGGCGUUUUCAUAUCCUUCGUUGUAUGGAAAAUUAAGUCUCCUUCCGGAAAGCGAUUUGACUGAUUCUGAAACUGUGAAGGUUUUGAACAAGAAGCAGGGAGAGAGAUCAUCACAUCUGAACCGCUUUCAUUUAAAUAUUUUCUUGGCAGGGGAUGGGGUUAGAUUAGAGAGCUCCAGUGGGGGUGUGAGAUGGAAAGAGCACCAGCGCACUGGGGAGUGAGCGAGAGAGAGAGAGAGCAGGGGGUUAGGUUUAGAGUAAAGAAAUACAAUUUUGAGGGGAAUGAGCAAGAGCAAGGACAAGAUGGAUGGAGAGAGAGAGAAAGAGAGCAGGGAAUGGGAUUAGACCAGAGGGAGCUCCAGUGUGGCGAGAUGUGCGUGUAGAAUGACCUCUAUUUCAUGACAGAGCUUUCGCUAUCGUAACCGUACAAUUUAGUGACUCGCAAAGAGUAAGCGCUUUCUUGUAGUGGAAUAGCUCCUGCGUUUAUUAAACUCUUGAUUUUUAUUCACAUUUAA